AUGCGCAACCCGCUCCUCGGCCCCCGCAGCUGCUCCGCAGGGAAGCCUUUCGCUCCCUCCUCGUCGGCAAAACAUCCCAGCGCCCGAAAUGCAUCCCUGGAAUGCGGCGCGCGUGCCUCCGUGCUGCAGCUGCCGCGGCUCCGUCCCGCCGCGGGCACGCGGGGCCGGGCAGGACGGAAAAGACGGAGCCAUCCCGGCCUCCGCAGGGCCCCUGCGGCCUCGCGUUCCGGCUCGCAGGACGACGCGGGCCAGUCGUACAGCCAGCCCGUGAGCCACUACCCCUACCACCAGUUCAACCUCAACGGCAUCGGCGCCGCCGGCACCUACUCGCCCAAGUCCGACUACUCGUACAGCCCCUCGUACCGCCAGUACGGCCACUUCAGGGACCAGCAGCUCCCGGCCCAGGAGGCAGGGCUGCAGUUUGGGUUGUAUUUGAAGCCUUGCUGUAAAAGCAGGUGGCAGGCCGGUAUCCCGGGCUUCUCCAGCUAUGGAGAGGGUGAAUUUGGGAAUGGGGGAAGCAGCAACCUGACAGCGGGAGCCCCCAUCCCCGAUCCUCCGGGAAGCGCCAACGUGCAGCCUCCUCCGUCCCCCAGCGUGAAGAUCUGGUUCCAGAACCGCCGCUCCAAGUUCAAGAAGCUCUACAAGAACGGCGAGGUGCCGCUGGAGCACAGCCCCAACAACAGCGACUCCAUGGCCUGCAACUCCCCCCCGUCGCCGGCCGUCUGGGACAGUAACUCGCACGGCAGCGCCGCGGGCCGGGCGCCGCUCCCGCAGCCGCUUCCCUACAGCUCCUCGCCGGGAUUCCUGGACGAGCACAACCCCUGGUACCAUCCGCAGAGCCUCGGCGCCCCACACCUGCCCCCGCAGCCGCCCGGCCCCUCCAUGCAUCACACCUCGCCGGGACCCCCGGCCAGCUCCGGCGCCGUCUACUAG